AGACACAGAGAUUGACACUUGUCUAAAGUAACAUAAACCAAUGAAGUACAGAGAAGUUGAAAUUUGCCCAGUGCAACACAGCAAAGUUGGAAGUAAAGCUUGUAUGCCCUGACUUCCGUGUUAGAAUUAUUUCUACUUCAAACUUGCUUCUUGGUGAGUUAAUGUGGGAAAAAUCCUGGUAUUGUGAAGAUGUCUCGGCAUAAUAUUGUUUCCUGUUUAAAUUACAAGUAAUAUCAAGAGUUUUCAGAAAAAAAAAUUGGGAUUUUUUGUUUUUGUUAAGUCAUGCCAUCUGAACAGAAACAGUUAUUUUUUGAUGACAAUGAAGCUGCUUUACGAAAAGAUUAUGAUGGGAAAAAUGACAUAGUUGAUACUAUCAGAUCAGUAAUUAAGCCAAAAAUUUUGGAAAGUAGUUUUCAUUAUAAACUGAAAAAUGUGCAAAUUGAUUUGCCGAAGAUAAAUAUUCCAAAUGAAGUCCUAUUGAAACAUGAAGUUGACAAAUACAGAAAAUUAUUUCAGCAUAAACCACAGACUGCAAGGAAAUCUAUCAAUAUGAAGACUGGAAGCUGUAUAGAGGAGAGUGUGUUGCUACAUAAGUCUGAGAUUGAAGAAACGGGUAUAAAAAUGUCUGCAAAAGUACUCAGUUUCAACUGUUUAAAAUGCCAAGAUAGCACUCGAUAUAGCCCAAAUGAUUUGCAAAAACACUUUCAAAUGUGGCACCAGGGUGAAUUACCUUCCUAUCCUUGUGAAAUGUGUAGUUUUUCAGCAAAUGACUUCCAGAUAUUUAAACUACACAGACGAAUCCAUAGAGGCACUUUAGUAAAAUGUGACAUUUGUAACGAUGAAAAAAUAUAUACUUUAUUAGACUUGACAAAACAUUUUAUAUCCACACAUUGUGUAAAUGGUAGUUUUCAAUGUGAAAAGUGCACAUUCUCCACCCUGGAUGUUGGCACAUUUGUUCAGCACAUUCAUAGACACAAUGAUGUCCAUUAUAAAAGUGAUAAAUACCAUCAUAUAUAUUUUACCAGAGGAGAGAUUCAGAAGCACCUUCAUGUUAAUUCUGUUACAUUUCCCUUCAAUUGUAAAUAUUGUAGGUUUGGUACCUCAAAGAGAGAGUACCUUGUAAGACAUGUUUUAACUUUACACAAAGAACAUUUAUAUGCGAAAGAAAAACUGGAAAAAGACAAAUAUGAGAAAAGGAUGGCACAGACUUCAGUAGGACUUAAGCUAAUACUUAAAAGAUACAAAAUAGGUACAUCUAGGAAGAUAUUCUGGAAACGUAAGAAAAUCAACAAUGGAAGUGAUGAAAGUAUAGAACAAAAUACUGAAGUGCUUAAAAACGUGAACAAAACACAGGCUCAAUCUGAAGACCAGAGCCAUCUUACUCAAGAACAUUUAAAUGAAGAAAAGGAUGAACGACUACACUGUGAGAAUAAUGAUAAAACUGCUGAGUCAGAGUUGGAAAAGCCAACUCUUCUGUCCACUGGACAGUAUAAUAGAGCUGGAGAGCUAUCAAAUUCUACUUCUGGUUCCUCAAAAACUGCUGUACAAGGACCUACAAUGGUAACAGUGAAAAAUAAUAGAAUAACAGUUCCAGCUAACUAUAGUGCUAAGUUUAUGGGCUUCAAGAUGGUGGAUGGAAAACAACAUAUUGUAAUAAAAUUGUUGCCUACCAUUAAACAGAAUUUAUGUUCACCAGGCUCACAGUCAGAUACUGCAAAGGACAGUACUGCUAAUUUGCAGCUGCAGAGUUUGGACACCACUGGAUUUAUAACAAGAGUAAAAACUGAGGUAAGUGACACAGUUUACAUGAAAGCACCUACAUUGUCAUGUUCAUCUCCUAUACCUGCCGGGAAAGUAACUUCAGAAAAAGAAAUAGCCUUACUAUCUCAAAUGAGUAAUACACUUCAAACAGUGGAUGAUGAAAAAAGUGUAUCUUCUUUGCCAACAUCCUCAGAAUUAGUUACAUCAUCAGCGAAUUUAACCACAAAAGUUGAAACAAGAGAUAAUGUUAACUUAUUGGGAAGUCAUAUUACUCAUAGUCGCCCUAAGGUAUCAGAUACUGCCAUUAAAAGUCCAGAUAAAGUCAACUCUACUACCAAACCAAAUGCAUACAACAGAGGAGAUAUGCAUAACUAUUGCAUUAAUUAUGUCAGCUCUGAAUUACCCAUUGAAUCUUCCAACCAAGGAUCAUUACCUUUUCAUAAUUAUUCAAAAGUGAAUAAUUCUAAUAAACGUCGUAGGUCUUUAGGAAUAGCAAUGUGUGAAAGCCCUCAAAGAGAAUCUUCAUCAAGCAAGACAGUUGUUCAACAACCAGUAAGUGAAUCAGUUUUAUCACUAGUGAAAAAGGAGAGCUCAAACUCAGAUAGUAUGUUAACAUCUGUUAGUCUUUUAAAUACUAAAGAUGAAACUUUAAAAACUCAAACUGAAAUAGAAGAACAGUGUGUUUUAGAAAAAGAACAAGACAUUGAUGAACAGAGCCUAUAUAUAAAUGAAAAUCAAAAUUUAGAGAGCAUGACUAAAAAAUCUAAUGAUGACAUUUCCAUUGUUGAGUCACCUAUGAUGCCUAGAAUCACAUCUGUGUUCUCUCUUCAGAGUGAACAGGCAUCAGAAUUUUUGCCACCUGAAGUAAACCAGUUGCUUCAAGAUGUAUUAAAGAUAAAAUCUGAUGUAAAACAAGACUCCAGUAACACUCCAGAUAAAGGCCCGUCACUUCACUGUGACCAGUCAUUUCAGAAACAUGAAGGAGAAGGCAAAAUUACUGAAUCUUCAAAGGACUUCAAAGUACAAGGCAUCUUCCCAAUUCCAUCUUGUAGUAUGGGUAUUAAUGUGCCACCAAAUUAUCUGAAUUUAAAAUGUCAUGGAAAAGAAGCACAGUUACUCUCAGUGUCACAAGAUGUGAGAGAUUCAGAGAAGACACCUAGAAUUUCAGGUAUUGGCACAUUACUUAAGACUCAGUCAGAUGCAAUAAUAACGCAGCAGCUCGUAAAAGACAAACUACGUGCCACUACACAAAACUUAGGUUCUUUAUAUAUGCAGAGUCCACUUGUAAAUUCAGAACCAAAAAAAGCUCUAUUUGUUCAGACUACAAAAGGCUUUUUUGUACCAUUGCACAUUGCUAACAAACCUGGACUACAUGUUGUUUCAGGAAGACCACAGGUUAAUACGCAAGGUGUACCUGCUACUCUUCUUUUAAACAAGAAACCUGGGAUGAUUUUAACAUUUAAUAAUGGAAAAUUUGAAGGUGUUAACACUGUAAAAAGUGAGAGUACUCAAGCUUGUGGAACUACAACAAAAGAGCCUUGCAGAACACCUUUUUUAAAGGUAGAACCAAACAAUAAUUGUCUAACACCUACACUUUGUUCCAGCAUUGGCAGUUGUUUGAGCACGAAAAAUAGCUCAGAAAAUACUUUGCCAUUAAAAGGCCCUUACAUUAUUAAAACACCAGUAAGUUCUUCAGGGAAACCUGUGCCUCCUCCUAAUAUAAUAAUAUCUGAGCAUCCGAGCACUAAGUCAAAUAUCUUGGAUCCAGCAAAACCGCAGAACGAGGUUUUUCCAAAACCACCUCUUUUUACCCUCUUGCCUGAUGGCAAACAAGCUGUUUUUUUGAAGUGUGUGAUGCCAAAUAAAACUGAGCUGCUUAAGCCUAAAUUAGUCCAAAAUAGUACUACUUAUCAAAAUAUACAGCCAAAGAUCCCUGAAGGGACACCACAAAAAAUAUUGCUGAAAAUCUUUAACCCUGUUUUAAAUGUGACUGCUGCUAAUAAUCUGUCAGUAAGCAACUCUGUAUUCUCAUCGCAGAAAGACAAUGUAUCAUCUAAUCAGACUGCAGGAGGAGAGCAAAAAGAGCCAGACUCUUCUAGAGAUGCCUUACCCUUCUUAAUAGAUGAUAUGAUGCCAGCAAAUGAAAUUGUGGUAACUUCUACUGCAACAUCUGAAUCUUCUGAGGAACCAGUACAUGCCAGUGACCAUUCAGAGGCCAGGGUAUUGAGGUGUAAAACAAAUUGUACAAUUGGGAGAAGCUUUAAUAAACAAAAGACUUCACCCCAAAAUUUUUCAAGAAUAAAAACUCAUGUAAGAAGUAAAGACUCUGAAACUGUCAGUGUAUCUAGAAACAGAAACUGUAAACGAAAGUGUAAGGAUAGUUACCAAGAACUUCCAAGAAAAACAUCAUUACAUAGAAAGUGUAAAGAAAAGAUUAAACCUGAAGAUGUCCACGAAUCAUUUGGAUUCAGCCGACCUAGGCUUUCAAAAGAUUCAGUCAGAACAUUGCGACUUUUCCCCUUUAGUUCCAAACAGCUUGUGAAAUGUCCUAGGAGAAAUCAACCAGUUGUAGUUUUGAAUCAUCCGGAUGCAGAUGCACCAGAAGUAGUAAAUGUAAUGAAAACGAUUUCCAAAUUUAAUGGACAUGUACUUAAGGUUUCAUUGUCAGAAAGAACUAUCAGUGCUUUACUGAAACCAGUUUGUUGUAAGCCUUCUAAAACAACUUGUGAUUUUUCCAAGAGGCACAAAACAUUUAAACCUAUUAGUUCUGUGAAAGAAAGAUUUGUACUAAAACUAACACUCAAAAAGACAAGCAAAAACAAUUAUCGGAUUGUGAAAACUACCUCUGAAAAUGUUCUGAAGGCUAAAUUUAACUGCUGGUAUUGUGGAAGAGUAUUUGACAAUCAGGAUGCUUGGGCUGGUCAUGGGCAGAGACAUUUAAUGGAAGCUACUCGUGAUUGGAAUAUGUUAGAGUAGUUUAAAUUACCAAGGAAAUGAAAAAAUUAUCUUAGGAGAAAACGAUGGAUUUAAUUACCUUAAUUUGGACGUUUUCUACUUCAAUAUUGUUCCUGAAGCUAAACAUUUCAAAAGUGACUAUUCCAUAGAGGAGAAAAGGUUUUAUGUGUGAUGUUUGAAAAUGCUAUUAGUGCGCACAUAAGUUUUGAAAGAAAUUCAUCACAGCACUGAUGUAUCUUGAUUUGAUUUUUUAAAAAAUGUGUUCUUGGGAAGUUAAGGCUAAAGGAAAUUUUGAUAAAAAUGUUUUCCCAAUUUAGUUCUUCAGUGACUUGGUAAUGGCUGACAGCCCCAUCCAUUCCUUCUCUUCUUCCACCAGCCUUAUGAAUCUGAUAAGUAUAGUUUCUCUGUAGAGCUCUUUCACCAUGGAACUGAAGGAGUUUCACAUCAUUUGUGAGGAUAUAUUAAGAGAGCUUGGGUAAAGAACUUACUCUACAUCUACUAAACGUAUAGUUCUUUUGAAGGGUAUAGGUUUUUUUGAGAGUAUAUUUAAUUCAGUACAGGACAAUUCAUAACAUUCGAAGACAGUUUUUGAUAAGUAAAAUUUUUUUUUCCUCUCAUAAGCUGUGGCCUAUGUCAGAGAUUGUAACACUCUUCCUUGCAAGGUGAUUUUCUAAAUGGCAAUCUGAUACAUUGCAGUAGAUGGGUAGCCUUGAAAGAAUUAAACUCUCUAGGUCUAGGAUGAAGUUCAGUUAAAGAACUUGAACACUUCUGUUGAUUAAAUUCUCCAGUGGUCCCCUUACCUAGAAUUAUGAUUAUUUGACUUAAAUUGUUUAUCCCCCAUAAACCAAAUUGCCAAUUUUUUUUUGGUUGCCAUCCCUUUAAAAAGAGUGGAACAUAGAAACACUUUCAAGGGAAUGGUUUUUCUCAAAACCUAAAAAUUCUACAGAAAUAAUAUUUUGAAGCGAAAUUAGUAAAGUGAGAAAUAUUUUUGUAUUUAAUUAGUGUCUGAACAUCUCCACAUUGAGACAAACCAUUUUUGUUAGCAUCUUUUCAGUAUGACAUAACCCAAAGCAGAUUAUUUACUUUCUGUUGGCGGUUGAAAAUAAGCAUUAAUAAUGUAUUCAGUGGCGGUGCAUAAAACUUCAGGAUGGAUUCCUAAGGGACAUAUCCAACAGAGGUAAAAGUUUUAAAAUGGAUAUAUUCAUGGCGAGGACAGAAUCAUCAGUUUAAACUUACCACUUUGUAUGUUUGGAUCAAGUUUUGUUGGUUAAUUGGAUAAUGGAGUCCUUUUACUGCAAAAUUAUAUACUAUAUAAUUUUUUGUUACAUUGUUACUACAAGUAUUAUGACAUUUUCAUUGGUUGAAUGAAAACUUCAGGGCUUCUUUUCUGUACAUAACAAAGAAUUUAAACCUUGUACAUAUUUUUGUAAUUUUCAGUUGUGUAAAUUUUGCACAGAAAGUUUUAGAUAUAAAAGUUUAUUUUUUUUUCAAUUUAGUUCUGUGCAUGCACUAAUAAAACUGGUUGUUUAAUUUAAAAGGAAUAUAUAAGACUUUACCCAUGUUAUUUUCUUGGUUUUUAUUUCAGAAGUAGAAUUUUCUUUUUUCGUGUAAAUUCAUUUUUUUCAGGGAUUGAACACUAUUAUUAGCAAGUGCCUAAAAGAUGUGAAACAGUUUACAUAUUUCAACUGUAACAGUAGGUCCCAAAUGGGCCCAUUCCCCAAAUAAUUUUAUUUUAAAGAAAGCCAUAUAGAUGCUUUAAGCUAAUCUUGCUAUGCACAUUAUACAUGUACUGUUUUUGUGCAUUUUGUCUACUUUCUUAGUGAAGUAUUUUUUGUAUAAAACCUGUUAAAAGUGUGUUUCUUAAAUUGAGCCUAAGAAUGGAGUUGAUUGGAAAUACACAGUGUAUAUUAAUAAUGUGUAUGGUGUUUAAAGGAUGGUAAGCAUUGUUAAUUUCAUUGUUAAUGGAUGUUUUCAAUUAAAUUCCAGUUUGUGUUUAUACAAUU